CCAGUCAGGUCCGUCACUUCCGGCAUCUCUCGGAGCGUGAGACGUGAACGAUAAUUUGAUCGACUAAUGAACCUUCAUCUUGUGUGAUAGGCACCUCUUCUGCUAUGGAAGGUUCACACUCAGAACCUAAACUCAUUUUGAUUUUCAGCGGUAAACGGAAGUCGGGGAAAGAUUACGUCACGGAUGUCAUCCUCGAUCGUUUAGGAGAGGACGUCUGUGGCGUCGUUCGUCUUUCUGCGCCCCUCAAACAAGCAUAUGCUCAGGAACACGGACUGGACGCCAAGCAACUAUCGGGUUCCGGCCCUUACAAGGAGCUCUACCGGGUAGACAUGAUCAGCUGGGGCGAAGCUCGGAGACGGCGAGAUCCCGGAUUUUUCUGCCGGCUGGCGACAAGAGGAGCGCACCAGCCCGUUUGGGUGGUGAGUGACGCACGGCGGAUGUCGGACCUUUGCUGGUUUUGGGCCAAAUUCCCUCAACAGACUCGCUGUGUGCGUGUGGAAAGUCGAGAAGAAACGCGCAGGCGUAGGGGGUGGAUCUUCACCCCAGGCGUGGAUGACGCAGAGUCUGAGUGCGGGUUGGACAGUGGGGUGGACUUCCAUUGGACCAUCACAAAUGAGGCCGACGCCCCCUCAUUAGAUGACCAGUUGCGGCCAAUCCUCGCACUGGCGGCGGAGGCGACCCGUCACUGAUCGACCAAAACCAGCCAAGCCGCAUUCAACAAAGCCUUAUGACUCGGCUGAUCAUAACUGAAUUACCCCCCAGGGAUCAAUACAGUAUCUAUCUAUCUCUCUCUCUCUCUCGACGACACACUUGACACUUUCCAAAUUAGACCGCCUGGAAGGAAUGUUUUCCACAGAACGAAACCAAUGUUUACAUCUGAGAUGUAAUUGCUAGAACUCGCUAUUUUGGCCAAGGCCAUCAAAGGCCUAUUGUUUGAAAACAAUACCAGUUUUGAAACAAAAUUAAUUGGUUUCAAAAUCAUUGAUGUGCGUCUUCGCGACUAAUCCCCGUUCACAAUUUUGUUGGUUAUGCCGUAGCAAACAUUUGAGUCAUCUGUUUGUUCAACAUAUUAGACUCUAACCCGUGUUCCACGAUCAAUACCUAAAGCCCCACAGUCCCCCUCCCACUCACGAUCAAUACCUAAAGUCCCACCCUCCUCCUGCUCGCGAUCAAUACUUAAAGCCCCAGAUGUGUAUUUGCAAGGUCACAAGCUUGCUUGUGUUUGAUUCCUGUUGGCAAAUCCCCCGUGCUGGUGGUAACCGACACGGACGUCUACUGUUUGUAUUUGUACGUACAAACUGGCCAAAUCAUGUCUGUUCCACUUGCUGCUGAAACUUAACCUCCCAAUAAAGAUGGCGAA